UAAGGUUUUGAAAAAACAAAGCUCUCGGAAUGUUUACACGUCAACUUUCGCUUUUGUUUAGGAAAAUAAUUCGCUUAACAGCGAUAGUCAUUAUUCCCACAAUGUUUUGAUUAUUAAUACUUUUGACAGUUCGUUAAUUAAUCUAGAUAUACGUCCAUGGAGCUUUCGAAAAUCAUCUUCAUUUUUUUCUUAAUAUCAAUAAAUAUUUCUGUUAUUAGAUCUAUAACGGGUGGCAACUUCGAUCCGUUUAUGGAUAGUAAUUUAUUUUCAAUUAAAUGGCAAGGUCAAUUAGAUUUAACUAGAGAAGAGGUUGAGCUUCUUGGUGAUAGACACUUAAUGAUUACAACUAAUGCUCAGGAACAGUAUCGCUGUAUACUUCCAGAUGACAAAAAGUCUUCUAAGGAAAGUUCACCACAGCAUGAUGGACCUUCAGUUGAUGAAAUUAUGAAACCACUUUUCAAACAGACUCAUUGUUCUUAUCGGAUUGAGAGCUACUGGACAUAUGAGCUCUGUCAUGGCAGACAUUUGAAGCAGUAUCAUGAGAGUAAAGAGCAGGGAAUGCAACCAAAACUGCAGGAAUACUAUCUGGGAUAUGGAAACCACAGAGAAUCUAUGACAGAGGAGAGGAGACUAGCUGAGCAGUCCAGUUCACCACCAGUCCGUGAAGUGGAAGGAAUCUCUUUGCCUUAUUAUGAGGUUGUUAUGAAUGAUGGUACUAAGUGUGACCUGACAGGGGUGCCCAGAAAAGUUCAUGUUUUGUAUGUGUGCCAUCAGGAAGGAAGGGGAGAGGUUUAUGAGUUCAAAGAGAGCUCCACGUGUGUCUAUGAAGUUGUGGUGCUGUCAGCAUUGCUGUGCAAACAUCCCAACUAUAAACCUAAGACUCCAUCAGUAAGUGAAAUAAGGUGUCAUGCCAUGGAAGGGUCGCCUUUGAAACCCAGUCAACUGACCAGCUUAGAGUAUGAGGCACGUCACUUGCAGACAGCUGGACAGGACUACAUGAAUGAAGAGAACGUCUUGGAGGAGAGAAAGCCUAAAUUUAUUCGUAAGCAUCCGGAAGAUAAAGAAGAUGUUCAGAAACUUCCGCCAGAUCCUCAGUCUCAAUUAGGGGCUCUUACUGACAAACAAACCCUGCUGAACAUUCUGACUGGGAGUCAGUGUUUGAGAGGAGGUUCUGGCUGGUGGAAGCAUGAGCUUUGUUUUGGAAAGUUUAUCAAACAAUUUCAUGUGGAAGCUGGCAAAGAAUCAAAUAUAUUUCUUGGUUAUUGGGAUAAAGACAAACAUCUUGCUUGGCUAGAGGCUAAUCCAAAUAAAAGGCCAAGACCAGCCGAUUCUCGCAAGUAUGUUUCCUUGUAUUAUUCAGAUGGGGAUGUCUGUGAUUUAACUAAGAAGCCCAGAAGUUGUGAAGUUCGGUUAAAAUGUGUACAGAAUGACAAGAUGCCCCAUGCAGUUGCUCUUUCAUUAUCUGAACCAGAGCCUUGUCAAUAUUUUUUAACUGUUGAAUCAGCUUUAUUCUGUCCCAUCAUGAAGGAUGCAGAUGAAAAUGGAUUGUUUAAUGUAUAAAAAAAAGCAAUAGACUUGUUUAUUAACUUGUUGACAUGAAUCCUAUGCAUAAUGAAUGAAAGGUGUAGAAAGAAAAGAUGGUUCUGAUGUAAUACCACAAACAUCAUGCGUGAUAUUUGUUCCUAAUGAGAAGUAUUGACCUGUUUUGAAAAUGUAUGCACAUCUUGUUUAGAAUCUAGUCUGUGAAAUUUUCUUGUUAUAAAGUGAGGGUGGGGGUGUAAUUGAGAAAAAAAAAAGGGGGUAGGGCUUUCACUGUAGCUAAAAGGAAAAUAAGUAAGAAAGCCGUCAAGUUAAUCCAAGGAUAAUUUUAGAGAAAAAAAUAAACAUUGCAAAAAAUACAAUAAUUCUUUCCAUGAAGAGGAUUUAUACAUUGACCUGGUUGGAAUAAAGUAGAGAUGUUGAGAAAAAGAAAAUACUUUGAAGAGAAUAUGUGUUAUUGCUUGUGAGAUGUGAUAAUGUGCUGUGCUAUAAACUAUCUGAUUGUACAUACAUUUUGCUGAGGUUUUUGUCCAACAUUGAAACAGAUUUGUCUUUUUUUUUAAUUUUUUAAUGGAGUGAUGCAUUUAACCUCAAUUUUCUCAAUUUGUUAAAAAAUUGUUUAAUUAUUUGUAUUAUAAACCAUAUUUUGCCUAUAUUUAUAUUAACAUCUAUAACUGUUCCACGAGUGAAAUGAGUUGAGUUUGAAUGUUAAGUGAGUGAAAAUACUAAAUGGUCUCAAUCCUAGAUGUGUAGGAAGUGAACAUAAAGAAUGAUGAGAACAAUUAUGAUAGUGUCAUGAAAAUUUAUAUUAAGAACUACUUUCAAAGGAACUUGUGAUAAUUCAUUUCUUUCAAUAUGCUAACAAAACAUACUGUGGUAUAAAUAAAUCAUUCAAACUGUUUCUAAAUAUGGCCUCAUUUCCCUGCAGAUUUUUUUUUUUUAUGUUCACAAAAUAGAGGCAAUGCAGUAGAACUCAUUUGUUGGUGAAGUGAGUUACACAAAGUGACUCCAUUAUAUACACAAUGAAAACUUUUAUCUUUCAAACUUUUUUUAAGUCCUAUCAAUCUGAUGGCAAGUUGCAUUUCAAGUGUUAUGUCUCUACAAUUUGUUGGCUUUAUCAUUAUUUUUUUUAUAUGUCGGAUUGUAGUGGCCUGACCUGAACGUCUAGAGUUAGAAUACCAGUGAUUGCUGGGGCAUUCAAGAAAAAUGUCUUGGACAAUAUCUGCAUUGGUGAAGAUAAUGGAGAUGGGUAUAUGUGCUGGCCAUGACUUCCUCAUAACUAUUGGCCACAAAAGCAAAGCAAGUUAACUUAAACAUCAUAGAUUACAUAGGUGUCACUGGAAACUUAGCUAGUAACUUUAAAUGAUGUAUAUGAUUGUAUUUAUUAAAAAAUGCUUCUUGAUAACAUUUAUAAAUGAUUGUUUACAAAAUUCUUUCUAUAAUAUAACAAUUCUGUUACCUGUGAAAUCUCGUAAGAUAUACCAUGCUAAUAAAUAAAAGAAUGAAAAGGCAACAGGAAGUUUGUUUCUUAAGCUACAGUUAACCUACAUGUGUCAGGAAUAUAGUAACUCUGAUGAGAUCAAGCAUUGGAAUCUGAUAAUAGACAAUGAUUUUCUUCAUGAAUUAUAACUAUAUUUUUUUGUUUUAAAUGGCAAACAUAUUGUUCACAUUGAUUAUUCUUUUAGCCAGCUAUUUACUGCUGAGCUGUAAGUUGUUUCAUGUCCUGUGCCUAUUCUGUGGUGACAAUGGUGGGUUUUUUCUUGAAUUAUGUUGUAAAUAUUGUUUAAACAGGAUAACAUUCAGCAAUAAAAGACUAAGAAAUUAACAAAGAAAUUUACUAACAAAA